CUAAAAUAUUCAUUUUAAGUUUAAUUUAAUUUAUAUAAAUAUACAAACCUUGUAUUUUAUUUGAACAAAUAACGAAGUUAUACUUAUAACAAUAUUUAAUUUUUAUUUUAGCUAGAAUGUAUUGUUUACAAGGACGUGUAUUUUUUAACGUCCAAAAAAACAUAUCGAUACCAAAGGUUCAACCAGUCAGACAUUUUUGGGAAUAUGUCAACAUGAUGUUUAAUAAGCCAGAUCCAGAACGUAUUAAACUGUUAGGUCCAGACCGAGCUUGUGCCGAAUGGGUGCUUCGUAACGGCGGCAAAGUUGUAUGGUCUAAUGGAAAAGUACUUGAAGACUAUAACUUACUUCCACCUGAAUCACAGUCUGUACCUAAAGUUGUAGUGAUUGAUGGGACUGAUUCAUCAAUAUCACAUUAUGGAUUUUCUCAUCUAAGUGGCUGCACUAAGUUGGAAAAAAUUAUUCUACAUAAUAACAAAUAUAUUGAUGACAGAGCUAUGAAAGGACUUUCAUAUGGACUGGCUACAUUAACAAGUGUCCAAGUUUCCGAAUGUGCCAAUGUCAGAGAUGCUGGACUGAAGGAAAUAAAGGCUUUAAAGAACCUACAAACAUUAAUUCUCUUCAAACUGUUAAGUGUAUCAGAUCUAGAUGAAUGCAAGCAAUAUCUGCAAUCACAACUACCAAAAUGCAAAAUUCUGGGUAAUAUCAGUAAUGACAACUGAUGAAGAAGACAAAAUAAUUAACUGAAACCUUCAAGACUGGGCUUUACCAAAACUAUUCAAGAUUCAUAAACAAAUGUUUAUAAUAUAUUUCAUUAUACUGUAUAAUACAAUCACUUGGCAAACUUAA